AUCCCCGGAUAUUACAACGAUGCUUGUUCUUGAAUGUGAUCACAACUAUUUAUAUCAAAUACUGGUAUUCAGUUGGGAAGAAUGCUGGAUAAAUGUACUUUCUUUGCCAAUGCUUUAUUUUUAUUUCUUACUGACCCAAUUUUUAUUAGCGUUUGACAAGUAGUUAUAUAUUCAUUCUUUCUUGUGUUUGCUGGGGAACAUUGAUCCUGGAUGAUAGUUAGUGACUAUAGGUUUCUUUCAGCGUUAUUUUUCCAUUAAAGCUGUCACAUAUUUUGGCUAUUGAAAGCAUUGAGAUCAAGCUAUACAUGUUAAUGAUAAGCCCAUUAAUCAAUCAUUUUUCCCUUCAUCUCUUUGUAUGUUAUGGAUUCAUGUUUCAGUAAAAUUUGAAAUGCAAGGCCAUGCUUGUAAUAUCUGAAUAUCCUUAUAAAUGUAAGCAUCUGCUUCUCUGAUAUGUUUAUGUAAUACUGAAGAAUAAUUGGCUUAACAGAGGAGUCUGAUGUUAAGUAUAUCAUCUGCACAAGUCACUUUGUUUAAGUAAAUAGCUGUAGGCUACAUUAUUUUACAAAAUAUCCUGAACAUUUCUAAUUGCUUAUCAUGCUUCUUGUUAUUCCCAGAUUAAGAGUUAUAAGUUAUCCUUUUUCUUUGGCUCUGAAUCGGGUGAAUUCCAAAUACUAAUUAUUGCGGAUUCCAAUUCCGUGCAAUGCUUUACUUUAUAAUGUGUUUUGCUAAUGUUGCAAAAUCUGUUCAAGGAAAUCGUAUUGCUUGUUGCUUCGAGAUAUAUAAGCUGCUUUUAAUUUUAUGUUCACCUGCCUGUUUGGGAACAUAGAUUUCAUUUGGAAUUUUGGAUUUGGUCAAAUGGCAUGUGUGGAUAAAUAAAAGAAUUUGAAUUGGGAUUUUAUUUAAUAUCCAAGACAUUCAAGCACUAGUAUAAAUUUGAGAAUUUGGAAUGACAAUUUAAACCAUGUCAUUUAGAAUCCUGAAUUUGAAAUGAAAUAAAUGUUCCCAAACACAAUCGCUUAAAACUAUGAAAGCGCUAAUUUUUUAAAAAUGUUGCUACUCUUAAUUUUUGUUUUGAUUGGCCCCUUCACCAGCGUAUGGAAUGUGUUAUCGACAUAUGCCAUGAAAUAGCAACCCUGUAAAUCUUUUGUCAGUAUCCUUGCUUUACCGUUUGUAAUAUGGUACUUGGCUGUGUUAUAAUUUAGUUAGCUGAUGGUGACAUACAAGUUUUCCACUUCCUGCACCACACUGGUGAUCAUCACUGAUUGCUAAUUCACGGUGAUAAUUAUGAGCAAUUAUGUUGAAAUUGGUACUUGGUAAUGAGGAUAUGGAUCUAUGAUGCUUGUAUGGUAAAUAGGUCAUUCUCCGAGCUUUCUAAUUUACCCUGGAUACUUGUAUGAAAAUUAAUCAAUUAUAUUAUCACCAGAGGUGCUUAAAGAGAUUAUGAGAAAAGUUGGGUCAGUUACAACAUUGCAUUAUAUGUCUUGAUGUCACUUUUUAAUCUCUCAAGGCUCUUUUAGUAUCUUACUCCAUAUUGCUCUUCUUUCUUUUUUUGGCUGAAUUACUUUAUGUUGCCUUGGUCUAUUUAGUUGGGCAAUUGUGGCUUAUACUUCCAGAGGCAGCCGUGGAUUUUUUCUCAUCAAGCAAGAUCAGACUUGGUAAUAUGACGUCUAGCUUUUGUGGGCUAGUAAAUCUUGAGCUAAAUAUCAAGUUAUCAUUGGGACGGUUCUCAAGGUUGAACUGGCCUUAGUCUUGGAUGCUGUGGUUGGCUUACUUGUUUGACAUAAUGAAUACAGUCUGGAGCCAAAAGAUGAAUGGUGAUAGAGAUGUUUCCUUCUGAGCAAAUUAGCUCUCGGUGCAUUCCUAAUGAAUUUGGCUAUUCCAAGGACUAUUACUUUCGGAAAGAAGGGAAUGCAGAGAGAAAGACUCAGUGGAAUGGAAUAGAAGAGUGUGAAGAAUGGCGCAGCUAUAAUUUGUUCCGUCAGAAUACCACAACUCAGGGAAAUCUUUUCUUGUCUACGAAGCAGCAAGGCUUGAUAUCCUCUGCAGAAAUCACAAAUUUUGAUGAGUUGUGCUAUGAUAUUAAGCCUUUAUCAUCUCAGUUAUCUCUGGAAGAGCUUACAAAUUUUGCCACAAUCCAUUCAGAAUUUCAAGAGUUAAUUACACUGCAGGAGUCUUCUUCCGGUAUUAAACUUAACAAUGAAACGAAGUUCGGGCAAGCAGAUUAUGAACAUUUUGAUCUGCCCAUCUAUGAUACAACCUGUGCUAAUGCUGGCCUUUCUGAAAGACUAUCAACAAAGGAUUUUCUGCGUUUGGGCGGAGAGAAGUUCAUCCAAUCCAGUUCUUCUGUUUUUAACAACUUCGAUCUAAGCCAUCCAUAUACAACUUCGCUUUCGGGCCUUUCAGUUGAGGAUCAUAGAGACAUUGAAAUCAUCCAGAAUCUUCUAGCUUCUGCUGAGAAAGUAGGGGAACAACAAUUUAGCCGUGCAAGCCACCUCCUCAGCCAUUGUCAUCAGUGUUCUUCCAUCAAAGGAACACCUGUUCAAAGAAUAGUGUAUUACUUCUCGCAGGCUCUUCAGCAGAAAAUUGACCAGGAAACUGGAAGGAGAAAAAUAAACGGUGCUGGAAAGAUGCAGUCGCUUGUGUUACAAGACACGUUAAUGAACCCGAACCCAAGCCUCCUUGCAAGUUAUCAGAAGGUGCCUUUCUCACAAGUCAUCUUAUUUACUGCCUUGCAAGUGAUGAUAGAAAAUGUAUCAGAGGCAACGAGGAUCCAUAUAAUUGACCUUGAGGUUCGAAAUGGUUUGCAUUUGUCAAUGUUGAUGGAAGCCUUGGCAGCUCGAUCUGACUGUCCCCUUGAGCAUCUCCAGGUAACUGCUGUUGGAACUAUAUCUGAGCAUAAGAUAAAGGAGACAGGUAAACGCCUGAUAAGUGUUGCUCAGUCACUGAACCUGUCCUUCUCUUUCAAUGUUGUUAUGGUAGCUGACAUGCUGGAUCACAAUGAAUCGCACUUUAAGCUAGACACUAAAGAAACAUGUGCUGUCUAUGCACCAUGUAUUUUGUCAUCAAUGAUCGACAGGCCAUCCCGACUAGAACAUUUGAUGACAGUAAUUCAAAAGAUUAAUCCUCGUGUAAUGAUUGUUACUGAGGUUGAAGCAGACCAUAAUUCACCGGUCUUCGUGAACCGUUUCAUAGAGGCUCUUUUUUACUAUAGUGCAGUUUUUGAUUCCAUGGAAGAAUGUAUGGAUCACAGUGAUGAAGAUAGGAUUAUAUCAGAGUCGAUUAACUUGGGGUCAGCAAUAACAAAUAUCGUGGUCUUUGAGGGUGAGGAAAGGAAAAUACGCCAUGUUAAUAGCAAUGUGUGGAAGGCCUUUUUUUCACAGUUUGGAAUGGUGGAGACAGAAUUGAGCAGAGCAUCUUUAUAUCAAGCUAAAUUGUUAGUUGACAACUUUGCUUGUGCAAGUUCUUGCACGUUGGAGAUGAUAGGGAAAAGCCUUAGUAUUGGUUGGAAGGGAACUCCCAUUUUGUCAGUGUCAGCUUUAAAAUUUCAUUAGCUUAUAGAAUCAUUAACACUUUUACAGACUAGCUCGAUUAAUUUGUGCUUAAUGUUUCAUUCCUGAUACAUGUUAUAAAACUGACGGCAAACAUUUUUUUUAGAAGCAUUUACAGCUCUGAUGUUUUGACAUUCAUUGUUAAUCUGUCAAAGUUGAAUUUGUACAAUAGAUGAAUAAUUUGGGCGAACCAA